UUCUCUCUAGCUUAAAAUGCUCCUUAGUUUAAGCCAAAUUCCCUUUGCUUCAUGGGAAGUCUUUUAAUUUCUAUAGUUCUAUGCUCUUUUUCCAAUGAAACCAAGUUCCUCAUAUUUUGCAUGCUAUAGCAAACUAGCUAGCUAGUACUGUUGACUUUUGAGAAUCUGAAGCUGAAGUAACUCUUCUCACAACCCCAUCAACUAGCUGAUCUUUGUGUAUGCACACAAGCUGUUUGAUAUGUUGUUUCAACUGUUAUAGUGAGAACCCUGCUUCUAGAAGUUCUCAUGAGUUCUUCUUCUGUUGCCACUUUGGUUCCUUUAAGGAAACUAUGAAGUUUGGAAACGUUUACUCUGAAUUCAGUUGUCCAGACAGCAAGCAACUCUCCAUGAACUUCAUUUGUAGAUCAGUGACUCCUUUCUUGUUCAUCAUAGUUUUUCUUUUUCCUCUGACUACUAUUGCUGCUGAUCUGAGCUCAGACAAGCAAGCUCUUCUUGAUUUCGCCAAUGCCAUUCCUCACCGUCGAAAUCUUCAGUGGAAUCCUGCAUCCUCAGUUUGUACAUCUUGGGUAGGCAUAACUUGCAAUCAAAAUGGAACUCGUGUUAUCUAUGUCCGGCUCCCCGGAGUUGGACUAGUCGGCGCAAUUCCGACCAACACACUUGGCAAGCUUGAUGCUGUAAAAAUCAUUAGCCUUCGAUCCAACCUACUUGGUGGAAAUCUGCCUGCUGACAUUGCUUCUCUUCCGUCUCUCGAGUAUCUUUAUCUGCAGCAUAACAACCUUUCCGGUGACAUACCUUCCUCAUUGUCACCUAAACUCAAUGUACUCGAUUUAUCAUAUAACGCCUUCACCGGAAGCAUUCCAAAGACACUGCAAAAUUUGACAGAAUUAACUAGUUUGAAUCUCCAGAACAACUCAUUAUCUGGAGAGAUACCUAAUCUAAAUGCUACAAGUCUCAGGAACUUGAAUUUAAGCUACAACCAUUUGAAUGGUUCUAUCCCUUCAGCUCUUCAGAUUUUUCCCAACUCCUCUUUUGAAGGAAACAUUCUCUUAUGUGGACCACCUUUAAAGCCAUGCUCCGGGGUUCCACCAGCAGCUCCACCAGCUGUGACACCGGCUCCACGGCCAUCUAUUGGAAGCUCAAAGAAUAAACUGAGUAAAGUAGCUAUCAUUGCAAUUGCGGUUGGAGGAGGCGUGCUGCUUUCUCUUGUAGCUCUUGUUAUUGUCCUUUGCUGUGUAAAGAAGAAAGAUGAGGAAGAAGCUCCUAGUGCAGUUAAAGGGAAGGGUUCUAUUGGAGGUAGGAGUGAGAAGCCGAAAGAACAGUUUGGUAGUGGAGUGCAAGAACCCGAGAAGAACAAGCUGGUUUUCUUCGAGGGAAGCUCUUACAAUUUUGAUCUUGAGGAUUUGCUAAGAGCUUCGGCCGAAGUUUUGGGUAAGGGUAGCUAUGGAACUGCAUACAAGGCUAUACUAGAGGAGUCGACCACAGUUGUGGUGAAAAGGUUGAAGGAAGUUGUGGUUGGUAAGAAGGACUUUGAGCAGCAGAUGGAGAUCAUUGGAAGGGUUGGACAACACCAAAAUGUGGUGCCUCUUCGCGCUUAUUAUUAUUCGAAAGACGAGAAGCUUCUGGUUUAUGAUUAUGUCCCCAGUGGCAACUUAUCCUCCCUCUUGCAUGGCAACAGGGCAGGUGGAAGAACUCCAUUAGAUUGGGACACACGUCUUAAAAUCGCUCUCGGAACAGCCAGAGGACUAGCUCACCUUCAUUCUGUUGGCGGUCCGAAAUUUGCACAUGGAAACAUUAAGUCCUCAAAUGUCCUAAUCAACCAUGAUAAAGACGGCUGCAUUUCUGAUUUCGGCCUAGCCCCUCUUAUGAAUGUGCCUGUAACACCUUCUAGAGCUGUAGGUUACCGUGCACCCGAGGUAGUUGAGACCCGAAAGCACUCUCAUAAAUCAGAUGUGUACAGCUUUGGUGUCCUACUGCUAGAGAUGCUUACCGGGAAAGCACCACUUCAGUCUCCCGGACGCGAGGACAUGGUUGAUCUGCCUAGGUGGGUCCAAUCUGUUGUUAGGGAAGAAUGGACUGCUGAGGUUUUCGACGUGGAGCUAAUGAGGUACCAAAACAUUGAAGAAGAAAUGGUGCAAAUGCUGCAAAUAGCCAUGACCUGUGUAGCAAAGAUGCCGGAUAUGCGGCCGAACAUGGAUGAAGUGAUGAGAAUGAUAGAAGAGGUCCGGCAAUCUGACUCGGAGAACCGGCCGUCUUCUGAAGAGUAUAAGUCCAAGGACUCAAAUGUUCAAACUCCAUAAUUAACCAUCUUGGGUGUUAUAUUCUUGCCUUAACAAAGAAGCAACAUUCAAAGGUAUAUUCUAUCCAAUUGUUCAGUAGUUCUUACAGAUGGAAUCCCUUGAGUCAUUUUCUUCUAUAGGUAUGUUGUUACUUUUUUCAUGAAUUCUUAUGUAUUAACAUCAUGAUUCAAUUGAUGAUCUUCAUUCAAGCACAUUUUGUCUUCUGUAAUUGUUGUUAACGUUAAGUUGCACUUGUCUAUUAGCCCUUCAAUGAAUACUGUAUUGAUGGUUAGUGUUAAUAAAAAAAAGUAAAUUCCACUGUUAGUCCA